AUGAGCGUCCCCCCGUGGCGCCUGGCCGGGCUCUGGCCGUGGCUGCUCAUGGCCGCCCUGCAGGUGGUGCUGGGCCAGCCGGGCCCGGAGUCCGAGCGGCCGGCCCUGCGAGCGCUCAUCAAGGUGACGCUGCUCAAACCCGAGCCGGCGGGGAUCUCCAUCACUCUGGAGGGGGUGUUCGUGGGGAGCAGCGCCGGCUCUGCCGCGGGGAAACUCAUACAGUAUCACCCUCUGUCACUGUGCAACACAAGUGAAGAUGACCAGCUAGAGAACGAUGUCAUCGCCGUGGUCAAACUGGAGCAGAGAGUUCCCCGCUGUCUGCCGUUGCUGGAAAAGGCUCACAUGGCACUGCACAAGGGAGCGCGGGCGGUUAUUUUCGAUGUCAGCGAUGAUGUCAGCGAUGAUGUCAUUGCGGCUGCUGAGUUUAGAGAAACAGACUCCCUUACCCGCCCAGUCGUGUUAGUGAAGAAUGCUGUGGAUGCAGAGGAGUUGAUGGCUCUGGUCAACAAGAAUGAAGAGGCCGAAGUUCGCAUCGAAAAAUUUGUAGAAAAGCCCACAUGGCCACAUUAUGAUGUGGGUAUCCUGCUCACCAUUGUCUUGGCCGUCUUAAUGAUCAUCCUCAUCUUUGCUUUCCGCUACAAGUGCAAGACCAACAGAACCUGGGACUCGGUGCAUCAACAAACAAUACGGGCCAUCAGUCGAUUAGAGACCAAAACCUACAUCUCUCAGGGUUGUGCAGGCUCGCAGCGCCCCCGUGGGGCUUGGGGUUCAGCUAGCAGCUCCAACUCCACCCCGGUAUGUGCUAUCUGCCUGGAGGAGUUUCAGGAUGGCCAGCAUCUGAGGAUCAUCUCCUGUGCUCAUGAGUUUCAUAAAGAUUGUGUCGAUCCAUGGCUGCUGCAGAAUCGCACCUGUCCUCUGUGCAUGCAUAACAUCAUGGGGGUAGAGAGGCACGGCCAGAGGGGCAGACUACAAUCCAGUCCAGAACAACGUUUUCUCCACCCUCCGCCUUACAGCAGUCCACGAAACCGCCCGUUCCCCCAGCAUGAGAUCCCUUUCUCUAUGAGGCCGCACUAUCCCCGUGGACCCUCAGGCUCGUAUCCCUCUGUUGCCCACUACAACAGCUCUUCUCCCAUGGACGGCCAAACGUUACAUUUGCUCACCAGCAGGCCUCAUGGUGCCCCCUGUGGUUACCACCUACCAUCAGACAGUCACAGAAGACCCCACAGGACGCGCGGUAACUGCAGGACUUCUCACCACUACACGCCACGUCGGUCCUGUCACAACUAUCGCUCGUCUUGUUCGGCUCAGCGCAACGCCUCCAAUCCCAGGGCGCACCACAUCACUUCUGCCGCCCCGCAGCUCCGCGGAAUGGCGAUUGGCCGGCUGGAUGAGGGCAGCUGUUCCGGCGCCAGCUACCUCACGGAUCGCAGUGGCUAUUUAGCCGACGGUCCGGCGAGCGACUCCAGCUCGGGGCCUUGCCACGGCUCCUCCAGCGAUUCGGUUCUCAACUGCACCGACGUGUCCCUGCAAGGAGUUUACGACAGCUGGUCCACUUUCCGCAGCUCGCUGAGCAGCGAUUACGACCCCUUCGUAUAUCACGGGCCGGGCUCCGUGGAGGCGGAAGCCCAGGCCCGGCCCAGGUCUCUGGAUUCUGUAGUGAACAAAGUGGGCUGCCAUGAGGAUCCACCUCAAACUGUGUUCAGCCACAUCCACUACCACCGCCACAGACACCACCACUAUGAGGACGGGGAGCACGGCCAGGGCCCGAGCAGAGGUUCCGAUGAGGAGCAGGGCUCCGCUGCGGAAGCAGCCCCUCCUGCACUGCUCUCUGAUAAAGACUCGCCCGAUCACUGCCAGUGCCAAAAAAGCGACUGUUCCCACCUGCCCAAAUCUGGGAUGGAUGCUCGGGAUCAGGACUCGAGCAAGUCUUCGGGACCCUCUAUCCUGGUGUCCUCCAUCCCUUUACAUCUCCAAACCCACUGCUGCCACCAGGGACGCACUCCCAGCGCUCCGGGACGGGGCUGCAUGCAAACCCCCCCUUCCGUUCGUUUCCACCAGAGCUUGGACCUUCAGGACGAUCGGAGUGUCCGCGUCCACUUCAGCCAAGGCUCGGGCUUCUGCUGCUCUCCCCCCGAACUACACCCCGCCCUCCUUCCCGUACCUCUAAUUCUGGACUCGGGAAGUAUAGACGAUUGGCCCUGCUGUGCUGGAGCCCAUCUCGUGUGGCAGAAGCGGGUACAGGAGGCCCACUCUGAGCCUCAGCUUCUGGGGACUCGGACCUCUAUUGAGAGGCCCCCGUGCCGGUUCCACCACGGCCUCACCGCAGACCGCAACACAGACAUUUGUUUAUACUGCCCUAAAAUAUACCACAAUCAGGGAUCUGAAGAAGAGUCUGGUGUUUGA